GUAUUGCUAAAAUUAAUAAACAUUCUUCUUCAUUCAAUUUGUAACUGAAUCUAAACAAGCAUGGAUGAAGUCUAUGAUGUUAUUGUACUUGGUACCGGUCUCACUGAAUGUGUUUUAGCUGGAAUUUGUUCCUGCAAUGAAAAAUUGAAAGUUUUACAAAUGGAUCGUAAUGAUUACUAUGGCGCAGAAGCUACUUCUAUGAAUUUGGAGCAACUUUAUGAGAAAUUCAUGGAGACGAAACAAACACCAGAGCAGUUUGGUCGUUCCCGAGAUUGGAAUGUUGAUCUCAUUCCUAAGUUUCUUAUGGCUGAUGGAAAGCUUGUUAAAUUGCUUGUUUCUACUGGUGUAACAACUUAUCUUAAUUUCAAGUGUGCUGCUGGAAGUUAUGUAUACCGCGAAGGAAAGAUUUACAAAAUUCCUGCCAAUCCCAAAGAGGCCUUAGAAUCAAAGCUAAUGGGACUAUUUGAAAAACGGCGCUUUAGAAAGUUUCUGAUGUUUGCUGGUGAUUUUGAUCCCACUGACCCAAAAACCCAUCAGGGCAUCAACUUGAAUGCGACCAUAAGUGAGGUUUUCAAAAGCUAUGGAUUAGACGAUAACACCCAGACUUUUAUCGGUCAUGCAAUGGCAUUGUAUCGGAAUGACAACUAUCUGAAGGAGAACUGCCUCGAGACUCUGGCGAAAAUAAAGCUCUACAUCAGAUCAAUGGAGCGUUAUGGAAACAGUCCCUAUUUGUAUCCUCUUUAUGGUCUUGGUGAACUGCCGCAAGGAUUUGCUCGUCGUUGUGCUGUUUUUGGGGGCACUUUCAUGCUCAAUAAGCCAAUAACUGGAAUUAAGCCUAAUUCGGAUGGUUUAAUUGAGGUAACUUCCAAUGAUGAAACGGUUAAAGGUAAACAAGUGAUAGGUGAUCCUUCAUACUUUCCAGACAGAGUGAAGAAAGUUGGACAAGUAGUUCGUGCAAUCUGCAUAUUGAGUCAUCCAAUACCCGACACUAAUAACGCUGUAUCAUGUCAAAUUAUUCUUCCUCAAUCUCAAGUUAAACGAAACCAUGACAUAUAUGUGUUUUGUGUGUCCGGAGAUCAUGAAGUCUGCCCAAAAGGAAAAUUUUUAGCUUUAGUGAGCACUGUUGUUGAAACAGCUAAACCUGAAGAUGAAUUAAGAGAGGGUUUGAAGUUGCUUGGUAGCAUUGACCAAAAGUUCAUUAGAGUUUCUGAUAUUUUUGCACCAAUCAAUGACAACCCAGAUGAUAAUAUUUUUGUGACUCGUUCCUACGAUGCUACUACUCACUUCGAGACCACAUGUGAUGAUAUUGUAGAUCUGUAUGAGAAAGUCUUCAAAAGAAAAUUUGAUUUUGAUAAAAUGAAAUGCGAGUUGAAUCAAGAAGAAUGAUUGACCAGAAUUUUACGACAACGGCAGCUGCUUACAUUGUUCUUCAGAAAUAUUCAUUCUGUAGCAUAUGGUUGAAAUUGUAAAAUAAGAUGUCUUUGAUGUUUUACGCUGUGUUGUCAUAUUUCUAUGUUUGUUGAAAUUUCACAUGAAGCUUGUGAACUCAAUCCUUUUAUUAAUGUGACUUCUGUUUAAUUCUAAUUUAAUUCUGUUUAAAUCAAUUGGAUCAUGAAUUUGACAGCUUGAGUGAUUUAAGAUUAUUUAAUAAGUUGUAUAUCUAUUAUAACAGUUCCUGUCAAUUCAGUAAAUUAAAUAAUGUUUUUACUAGAUCUGAUGUCAUCUCAUAGUAUAACAUUUCUAAUGUUUAUGCUUAUUAAUAGUAUCUGACCUUUCAUGAUGCUUGGACGUCCCAAAAAUUUUUCAAGUUGAUUGUAGCAACCUAAUGUGAAUUUGUACAAUAUUUACGGUAGUAUUUGGCUACUGAUAUUUCAAAGUUGUCUAUACAUUUUAUUGUACUCCCUAUGACAGUCACUACCAUCAUAUCAUGCUUUUUGGUGUGAGUUUAACAAUUAUAGUCUUAUAGAUGACAUUCUAGUUACAGAAAAAUAAGUGUAGGCUAUUUAUGUCAUGUUGUUGUAUAGCACAUUUUUCAUGUGACAUGCAUUUUUACGGCUUGAAGUAAUCGUUGAGAAUAUUACACAUUGGCUUGAUAAUAUAUUACAGUGAAAUUAUAGAUGGCAUUAAAUUUUCCAGUCUAGAUUUUAUUUUGACUGCAGAAAGAUAUUGGAAUAUUAUACAUUUAGCAUUAGACUGUCCAACUCGUCAAUUCUGUGUUCGGCAUUGUACACACACACACCAGUUUCAAUUAUAUAUAUAUAUAUAUACCAGUAUAUUUUCAAGAUUGAUUAUUGUACAUUAGCAAUGUGAACACCAAGAUUGUGAAAUUGAUUUUGUAGUCAAUUUCAUUUCAAAGCAAAAAUAGCCAGUUGUAAAUGUGAUUCACCUCAUUUUCCAAUCGCAGCCUGGUUUCAUUGUCCAUUCUUUCAGUGAUAAGCAAAUUUUUAAUUUGAUUUCAUGUUGAUCUUGCUAUUAAAAUUGAAUUUAAUGAAAUUUAGUGUUUGAUUAUAUUGGAAGUGAGAAUACUUGUGCUUGCUUGUGAGUAAAAUAGUAUAUUAGUAAGUGAUUGCAUGACUAAAAAAAAGUAUCUCAAGUGGGUUACGCAUGCAUACUCAUAGUUAACUUCUUGCAAUCAGCAUAGUAAUGAUAAAAUAUGUAUCUGGUGAUCCAGAAUGCAAAUUUACCUAUUGGUGUUGGCGUAAAAAUGUACUGCAUGUAUUGUUUCUGUUUAACAUUUCAUGUCAUGUAUCAUAUGCUAAUUAGUGCAAAUAACUUGAAUAAAUUAUACGAUGUUGA